AUGUCACCGUUCGGAGCUCCAAGCAAAAGCUCCUCUCGUCGCAAAGAGCGGCCAAAGCUUCUGCAGCUUCGAGAUGCGACCUUUGUCCUGCCACGAACCGGUCAGCGCUUAAAGGGCUUCGUGAACCUACGCAGCUCCACGCAAUCUACGGAAGCUUCUGAAAAUGAGGAAGAUAAUGAACGGCGUGGAUUACUUACUGGAGACAUUGAAAUUCCUCAUGGAGUUGCAGCUCGGCUAUCAAAAUGGGUGCGAGAGCUAUGGGCGUGGGCUUGUUCAUUCGUCACCUCGGAGCAAGGAAUUGGAAUUUUGAAGUGCAGCUUGGCAUACUUACUCGGCUCGAUGGCGACGUUCAUUCCUGCGAUUUCUUCCCUUCUUGGACAGCAAGAUGGCAAACAUAUGGUAGCUACGGUCACCGUAUACUUCCAUCCAGCAAGAACCAAGGGAAGUAUGUACCGCGCCUCAAUCUGCGCGUUACUCGCAUUCUGCUACUCGAGUUUUCUGUCAAUCACGAGUAUGCUGCUUGAGAGAUACUUCCAAGACACCUUGAACAAACCAGUCCUGGGUCAUGCUUUAGUUCUUAUCGUAUUUUGCGGGGGUGAUAUGGCGAUGAUAGGAUUGGGCUUUGUCGGGUGGACCAAGCAGCGACUCAAAGAUCCUGUGGUGAACGUCGCAUGUUCGCUCACAUCCCUUGCAACAAUCACUGUUUUGACCAAGGAAGGUGCUGUCCAGAGUGGUGAUCUGUCUUUAAACAAGAUAUCCCAGGUUUUGAAAAUGGUUUUGAUGGGAAUUUUAGCUACCAUGACUGUAUCAUUUCUGAUUUUUCCCAUCUCGGCACGAAAGAAGCUUCGCGCAAAUCUUGUUACAGUCACUGACACGCUGGCGAUCAUGCUAGCUAUCAUUACAGACAGCUUUCUCAGCGGUUCAGAGGAAGAACUGACAUCUGCUGAAUUUUUAGACGCACAAACCAAACAUCGUAAAGCUUACAAUCAGCUUGAUAAUCUGGUCAGGGACGCAAAACUUGAGCACUUGUUUGCAGGCACUGAAAGAGAGUAUCGCCUUGAAAAGAAACUUGUUCGCUGGGUGCAGGAUAUUACCCAUAAUAUGGGAGGAUUGCGAAGUGCAGCUGCUCUCCAGUUCAGUCUGAUUCGGGAAACAGCAGUCAUGGAACCUAGCUCAUCUAGUGAGCCGCUAACUCCUCGUUUUGACUAUGUUUCGCGAUCGUGGUCAUUUGCCGAUGGUGAUGGGCCAUUUCUCGAGCCAAUUGAUGAACGUCCAGAGGCGGACCUUUCGCCUGGUGGAGAUACUCCAGUCCAGGGCAACGAAAUGAACAAGGCGGCACUUGCUCCUGCAGAUGUUUUCACCGUGUUCAUUUCCCACUUGGGUCCAUCAAUGCGAUCGCUAGCCUUCACGUUGAAAGAGAUUUUCAACGAGAUUCCAUUUGGCCCUGCUCCAGACUACAAAGUGUCAAUAAAUAGCCGCCUUCGAAAUAGCCUUGACCGUGCUCUCAACCUUUACCAGGAGUCACGUCAAAGCACAUUGAAAUCCCUCUAUCAAAAAACAGAGGCGAUGAAACUGAAGAGCUCAGAGGCUGAAGCGGAUCUCGAAGAAGUAUCUGCCAGCUGCGGCCAUUUCAGCUUCUCACUUCAAGAGUUUGGGGAGCAGUUGCACGACCUGCUGAAUAUUUUGGAUGAAUUACAACUCGAGGCCGAAGAAAGACCGUGCGGACGAUCCUGGUCUUGGUUGAAGUUUUGGCAGACAAAGGAGCCAGUGAUUGAGACAGGCUUAUUCAAUGGCUCUGAAACCAUCUCCCGCCAUCACAUCUCUCGUAGUCUCACAUCCAAAGACAAACUCACGGCAGCUCCUCAUAUACGUCGACGACCUAAUACCGAUACAUCCAUCAAAGAAAGAUUGGGCUAUCGGCUUUGGAAGUCUCUUGAAUUCUUCCGGCGAGAUGACACUAAAUAUGCAAUCAAGGUUGGAACCGGUGCUGCGCUUUAUGCGCUGCCUGCCUUUCUUCCUUCGUCCCGUCCGUUCUACCAACACUGGAGAGGCGAAUGGGGAUUGUUAUCGUACAUGUUGGUGUGUUCAAUGACAAUCGGGGCUUCUAAUACUACUGGGUUAUCUCGCUUCUUCGGUACAUGCCUAGGAGCUGUUUGUGCAAUUCUCGUCUGGUACACUACAGGCGGUAAUGCGUACGGUCUUGCCUUUUUUGGAUGGUCAAUGACCAUGUGGACAGCUUGGAUCACUAUUGUUCGAGGCAAUGGACCCAUGGCUCGAUUCAUAAUGCUAACGUAUAACUUAUCUGUGUUGUACGCUUAUUCACUAGCUCAGAAAGAGGCCGAUGGUGACCAGGACGAAGGAGGCACGGAACCAAUUAUCACGGAGAUUGUACUUCAUCGCGUGGUUGCGGUGUUCAGUGGAUGCAUUUGGGGUAUUAUCAUCACUCGAGUGAUCUGGCCUAUUAGUGCGAGAAAUCGAUUGAAAGAUGGCCUCAGUAUCCUUUGGCUGCGGCUGGGAUUGAUUUGGAAACGCGACCCACUAUCUAAUAUGGCGAAUCACGGCCAUUCAAUUCUAUAUAUGAACUCGCGAGAGAAACUAGAGCUCGAAAGAUCCCUAUCUCGAUUGGAGUCUCUUCUGGUUGCAGCAGGAUCCGAGUUUGAGCUGCGGAGCGCCUUUGCCGAUGUUCAGUAUGCUGAUAUCAUCCAGCGUACUCGAAGCAUGGUGAAUGCGUUCAAUGCAAUGAAUCUCGAGCUCAUGAAAAGCGAUACAGUCACUUCAGGUGAAGUGAAUCUUCUUAAAUAUACAGCCAAAGAACGGUGGCAGCUGUCUGCUCGAAUCAGCCAUCUUCUAACAGGUAAGUCUUCCUCUUCCAUCAUUUUGGGCAAGAACGCUGAGUGUUGCUUAGUUAUGGCAUCUUCUAUGAAACUUGAAUACCCACUGAGCGAUGUCUUGCCUAGCAUUGAUCAUGCACGCGACAGGUUGCUGGCUCGUAUCUACCAUUAUCGUCAGGACCAUGAGGAAUCUCGACUGACCACAGAUGAGGACUGUGCCCUACUAUAUGCAUACAUUCUCGUGACUGGCCAGUUGUCUCAGGAGAUUACCAAGACCAUAGACACCAUUUUGCAACUAUUUGGCGUUCUGAACUUUCGGACCCUUCAUGAAUGCCUAAUUCCUCUCCCUUUCUGCCGCCCUUCGGCCUCGCCUCGUCGCGCUCUUGCGAGUCCUACAGCCGCUAUGCAGAUCGACCCGGCUGCCCUGAGUCGGACUGAAUCAGCAUCAAACCCGGCGAAGAGUGCGGCGAUAAAUGCCCCGGCGACCAUAAAGUCAUCUAGAGCUCUGAUAUCAGUGCCGCGGCUCGACCUAGAGCAUGCUUAUACCGACCUGAAAGCCGCGGUCGGAGACAAGUGGGCCGAGUACAAGGAAUCCACAGCCCUUUUCCUACUAGGACACUACAAUCAGAACGAAUACGCGUCGCGAGUCGAUUACUUCUUAUGCGCAGAUCCUAAAACUGUACAUCUACACAAUAACUUCGUUUGCGCGAUUCUCGGGAAUCUAACACGAGAUCUUCCCGAUCAUGGCGUUGCCAACUGGGUCUCGGCGAACGAUAAGCCUUCGUUGGUGUCCAAGCCAGUCUCGGGCGAUGCCGCAGAACAGAGACUGAAGACUGAGGUUAUGCAACUGCCUCCAAGGGACCGUCGGCGUAUCAAGGCAAUACCAGAGCGAGAUCCCAACGAUUCGAUACCCAGUGAGCUGGAGCUCUACAAUAUUGCCAAGAAUAUCAAGCUCCCAAGUCAAGUGCCGGCUAGUGCUGGUGGUUUGAACAAGACCAACUGGGAACUGGAGAUUCGAAAACGAUAUGCGCAGCCUCUUGCCGCGGAGACCGGCGAGUUCCCUGACGCAGAGUCCAUUUAUGCUCGUAUGGUACCCAUGUGUUACGAAGAGUCGCUUCCUGGAGGCGCGGGCAUGCCAUGUGCCGAGUUCAUGGCAAUUGCGACGGAGACCUUUGUCAAAGAGGUCUUGUCUGCGGUGUUCUCGCGCACUCGAUCUAAUGGCCCUUCAGGUACGAUUAAUGGCAUGAUGAUGAGAAAAUAUCGGGAACAAUUGGAACGAGAAGAACUCGCCUUCACCAGAGGUGAAAUCUCGAAGGAUACUGCCACCGGUCUACUUCCUGUCGAGGCAAAAGAGGCUAGUCUUCGCAGACCUCUCAGUGUUAAGGACCUACGCCUUACCUUGGAGCUCAGUCGUGGUGUGCUAGGUCACAUGCCACUAAUCAUUGAUCAAAUAAUGGGUGGGUAUUUCGAGAAUGAGCUCGACACAGAAAAGCAAGAUCCGGUGGAAAACGGAUUUAUUGAAGCGCAUGAACCUAAGGUCGAUGAAGAUGAGAUGGAUAUCGAUGAUGAUUCUCUACUGGAUUGGGAAGGAGGUACAGACAUCGACCGGGAGCAGCUGGGCUCUUUACUUGACGAGUGCCUUUCCAUGGCUGCGUGA